AUGAGCGCACCGACGUCGCGUUCUUCUACUGCCGCUGGCGGCGAGCUGGCUCCAUUUGUUUUAGAUUUUGACGUGAAGAGGUCGGUGUCUGGAAUUCCAGCCAUUGACAGGGACGAUGUUGUGUAUCUCGCAAAUGUCACCGUCGGCGGACAACCGUUCUUGGUACAGCUCGACACGGGUUCGGCGGAUUUCUGGAUACAUAAGCGAGAGGGCAUGCAGGUGUCGAAACAAACGGAACAGCGCGUGAAGAUCGAGUAUGGGACAGGAUGGGUGUCCGGAAAUAUCGCGUUUGCACCGUUCACAGUGGGCGAUUUCCAGGUUCCAAGUCAAGCUUUUAUCAAUGUCGAUGCCUCCGCCGACCUUGAUGAUCUAGACGGAAUCUGGGGCCUCGGUUUCGACCGAGCGUCCAACAUCCACUCUGCGUCCUCGUCUUCACUUACAUCUCAUAGCCCAGACUCAUCGACGCUCACUCCGCUCACGAAUAUCUUCGCCCAGACGCCCAUGACACCGAAUGUUCUCACCCUCGACCUUUCCCGGUCAGCCUCAGGCGACGCAUCGUCCUCUUCCUCUGGUACAUUCACAAUCGGCCCGUACAUGCCUGCAGCACGCUUCGAGGGCGUGCCGCAUGUGCCUGUAGCCGAGACGAGCGGAGGGUGGGAGGUCGCGCUGGACGGGAUGCGCGUGAACGGGCAGCCGUUCGAUCUAAACACGUCUAUGUCGGCUCUGGCUACUGCGGUCAAGAAGAGGUGGCGGUGGGACAAAAGGCAGGGACAAGGAGGACAAAAUAUCAAUGUACUGUUGGAUAGCGGGACGAGCUUCGCGCUCGUGGACGACGCCGCGGCGGACUUUAUCUAUGGGGGGAUGCAGGGCGCGAAGAGCUGUGUGAUCGACGGGGGGAAGUACUGGUUCGUGCCGUGUCUUGCCACCGCGAACGUGUCGUUUGGAUUCGGCGGUCGGUUCUUUUCCGUCCACCCGCUGGACCUGACGCUCGUCAUGGACGCGGAGGACCUCGACGGCGAGCCGCGCACGGUCUGUGCGGGCGUGUUCACGGGCAAGUCUUCGGCGCCUGACAUCCGCGACGAGCCACUCUGGGUCCUCGGCGACGCGUUCAUGCGCAACGUCCUCACCGCGUUUCAUUUCGGCCGGGAGACGCUCGAGGGCGGGUUCGAUGGCGCGCCGACGGUGCAGAUGGCGUCCAAAACGGACCAGGCAGCCGUGGCGACCGAGUUUAGGCGCGCGCGAUGGGAGGCGUUGAGGGGCCGGCCGAAGAUGAUGGACCCAGUGGAUGUGGAUUGUGCGAAUGUCCCGCAUCCGUAA